AUACCGUUAAUCGUGUAAUGAAAUUCAUGCUCAUCUCGCUUGGUAUCUGGCCGGAUGCGUCGUGCGUCACGUUCUGCAGAAUAUUUUGGAGCAUUACAAUAGCAACCCUCCAAUUUUGGCACUAUCGAUAUUUUCUAACACAUUACCACUCUAUCGACAUGUUUGACUUCAUGGAAUGGUGUAGUAGCUUUCUAGGAUACUGGAAACUAUUCACUAAGUACGUUUGUUUUUGGCUGAAUCAGCGAAUAUUCGAUAAAAUUUUGACGAUGAUGGCGGAAGAUUGGAGCGACUGUUCUAACAGCGAUAUCGAAAUGCGCACAACAGCAGACAAAGCAAAGACAUCGGAUUAUGUCACUAAUGCCCUCAUCGCUUUACACUCGCUCGCCGUGCUCUUAUACGGCACCAGUGUCCUCCUGGCAGAUGUCGAUGUGACCAAUCGCACGAUCGAUCUAACAAUUCACAAAAUAGAAGUUCCUUUCAACAUAAACACACAACGCACGUACAAAAUUGUAUUAAUUACGGAAAUAAUGUACAUGCUCGCGGCUGGCGUGGGAAACAGCAUACCAAACAUUUUACUGCUAACUUUCAGCAGAGCAAUCGGACUCGCUGCAUAUAAUUGUCAAUGGUACGAUUUGGCACCUAAGCAAAGUCGUGUACUGUUAUUUAUAAUACUAAGAUCACAAAAGCAAUUGACACUAACAGUUGGAAAGAUGACAGAUCUCUCGUUGCGAUGCUUUGCAAGUAUCAUGAAUUCUGCGGCAUCAUACUUAUCAGUGCUGCUGGCGAUGCAAUAAACACCAAAAAAUUCAUCUCGUCGACUCUCAUCUGACGUAAAGUAUGUAAUGUGUAAAUCACUAAUUAAACAAACGCAUAUUAUAACGUAACAUAUUUUCCGAAUGCAUCCUUCGAGGUAAUAAAAAAUAAUUCAAUAAGAUAGUGUACAGAGAAGAUAUCAAAAUGUGGUCGAAAAACUAUAUCACAGUAAAAUAUCAGUGUAUCUCUCAUUUCUACAAAUUCUUCGG